UAACGCGGGAAGAGCGUGUCUGCGCACGCGCCGCCCGGUGAUGACGAGCAGGAGGGCGGGUGUCACCUGUGCGUGCGCGCGCCCAGUACGUCAGAUCCGAGGGCACGGUUCAGACCCGAGGAGCACCGAGGAACGGCGUACUCCCGCGAUUCAGAGCCGCAGAAGAUCCGGGGUUCUGACGUCAUGCUCCGGUCGGUUCCGGAUUAUUGAUGAGGAUGAUGAUGGAGGAUCUGCCGGAUUUCAGAGACGUGGAGAACAAACUGGGUCGGAAAGUUCCGGAGAGUUUGAUUCGUUCGUUCGCGGGCGAGCCGUUCAGAGGCUCGGAAAGCCUCGAGAGAAGCGCUGAUCUGCAGACGCUCCACAACAAAAUCAGCUUUUUACGACAACAGAUGGCUCAUCUGCGCUCCAUCGACGUCAAACUGAUGCAGCAGCUGCUGUCCAUCAACGACGGCAUCGAGUCGGUCCGCUGGGUGCUGGAGGAGCGCGGGGGCGGGGCCAGCCGCGAGGGCAGCGUGACGGACAGCUUGGGCAGCCUAUCGGAGGAGGAGGCGGAGUCUGAGCGCGGCUCCUGCAGCGACGAGCUGGACGGGAUCUCGCUGGGCAGUUAUCUGGACACGCUCGGGGACGAGGAGCCCGACGCCCAGGAGACGCCCGGCAAACCUCCGCGGCCUCGCGUCCAGACCGACGAGUACUACUGCUUCGGAUAGCGCCGAUUACAGACCUGACUGAUUUAGACCACACUUUUAAUUUUUUAUCUGCGAGUAAUCGAUGUUUGGGUUUUGAUUUUCUAAAGGAUUCUUAAGAGAAAGCCUUCAAAAACCCAAGCGAUCCUCAAAGCGAGAGAAACUGUUCACCUUUUGUCUUAAAUGUUUGAUUCCGGCUCUAGCGGAUGCGCAGGAUCUGUUGGCUGCGUUCACACUCGCUUUGAAAACUGAAUUCAGUCCGGUUCAGUGUGAAAGAGCAUGACGUCAAUCUACAUUCUCCAGGAGCAUCUCCUGAAAUAAUCUCUAGUGGAAUAGCGUUAUAUCCGUGCGUCUUUAAAAUGUUUUUACACGUCAAGGCCGUGAAAGAUCUUAAAUCAGGAAAUUCAUCUUCAUUCACAAAGGCAUGCCAUUAAAUGUUGCAUGCACUAGAAAAAAAGAAAAUCGUUCUCGCUUGUUUUCUAGAACAAGUAUCUAAACGUCACUGAAUCAAGAUACAGUUAUUGCACAUGCAGAAACUGAGUCUGUUAAUCCAGAUUCAUUAAAAACUGAUGUGAUUUUAUUAAGGUGUGUAUGUGUAUAUAUAUAUAUAUAUAUAUAUAUAUAUAUAUAUAUAUAUAUAUAUAUAUUUCAAUUGAAUUUAAUGUCAUUUUGAUUACAGAAAUUAUGGAGAUAUUUCAAAUUUUAAAGCAUUUCAAAAGUCUUAAAUGAUGAUUGAACCCUGCAGGAAAGCCUGAACAAGCUCGAGCUCGUUUGUGGAUUGAUUUCUUUAGCUCACCCUCAUCAUCAGAGAAGAAACGCCAUCCCAGCUGUUUUUCGUAUUUGGACUAAAGUCGAAUUGACUUCAUUAAAUAACUGGUGUUUGAUUAAUGUGCGGAUCAUGAAUGUUCACCAUAAAAGCAGGAGGGAGGGAUUUUAACGAUAACGAUAUAAUCAUGGCGAUAUCUUUGUCAGGAGUUCAUCCGCUAUCCCUAUAAAGCAGGGUGGAUUCUGAUUGGCUGUCAAGUUUAACAACUGAAUAAAUAAUUAUGCCGAAAUCCCCAACAGGUGUUCAAAGAGCCGCACACUCCCUUUUUAAUCACGAUCACUGAUAUAACGCUGAAAUCCACUCCGCCUGAUUCGUUUCUGAUUCGACAAGAUGGCGGACUCUGUGUUAUGAUUGGUCGGAAUGACUGUCAAUCAAUGUCAGACUGAAAGAAACACGUGCCUGUUUUAACGCUGAUGUUAUGAUCUGAAGCACUGAUCGUGAACGCGGCCGAUACGUCAGUCUGCCCCACGUGCUGAUGCUAACGCUAAUCGGUGCUCCGUUAACGUGUGGACUGACGGGAUUCAGUCGUUCUGUGACGAUUCGAGCGCUUUUGCGUUGAAGUGCAAUUCCUGCUCAUGCCAAAGCUAGUUCGCGUCUCUUUAUUUGCACGCGUUUAACUCGUUCAGGUUCGACUCUUCACUGCAGUAAUGAGAUUGUUCGUACUUGAAUCCUCGACUUUUUCCAGUUAACUCUGUUUUGGACUGUAAUGUCACGGCAGGUUAUCGUGUGUCCCGCUGUUUUGAAAUGUAGUUGUUUGUGCUGCUAUUUGAUUCGUUUCUUUUUGUGUGCUUGAUUUGACCGAAUGCACCUAACUUAUGAUGUUCGUUUUCAACUUUGUUUUUGGGGAAAUUUCAUAAUACAUUGAUUUAUUUUGUCUGUCUAUGUUUUUGAAGCACGUAAAAGUCUUUUAAUGAAAUGUUUGAAUGUAAAAUAAAAUAAAUGCAAAAUGA